AUGGUGCAUUUAACGCAACUGUACAAACUGGUGGUGGUGGGCGCGGGCGGCGUGGGCAAGAGCGCGCUGACCAUCCAGCUGAUCCAGAACCACUUCGUGGACGAGUACGACCCCACCAUCGAGGACUCGUACAGGAAGCAGGUGGUGAUCGAUGGCGAGACGUGCCUGCUGGACAUCCUGGACACGGCGGGGCAGGAGGAGUACAGCGCCAUGAGGGACCAGUACAUGAGGACAGGGGAAGGCUUCCUCUGCGUCUUUGCCAUCAACAACAGCAAAUCCUUCGCUGACAUCAACCUCUACAGAGAACAGAUCAAGAGGGUGAAGGACUCAGAUGAUGUGCCCAUGGUGCUGGUGGGGAACAAGUGUGACCUGCCCACGAGAACAGUGGACACAAAACAGGCCCAAGAGUUGGCAAAAAGCUACGGAAUCCCCUUCAUAGAGACCUCUGCGAAAACGAGACAGGGUGUGGAAGAUGCUUUUUACACCCUGGUGAGGGAGAUCCGGCAGUACCGGAUGAAGAAGCUCAACAGCAGCGAGGAUGGGAACCAGGGCUGCAUGGGAUUGUCCUGCCUUGUCAUGUGAACAGAUGCCAAGAAAACGCGGUUCAGCUGCGGUGCCGGACGAGCCCCGGUCUCCUGUGCUGCCUCUCCUGCUGAUGCCCUGCAGUGUUUCGGUGCCAGUGCCAGGUCUGGGCACCAGAGUUCAUUAGCACAAGGUCCUUUCCCGUGCUCCAUCUGAAGAGAAGAACAUCCUGUGGCAUCUACCUCCCUGCUCAGCUCACGGAGCAGCAGCAUCUCUGGAUGUGCUGGGAUUCUUUCCUCGCUGAGUUACCCGGGUUCGUUCAAGAAGAAAAACCAGUCCCGAGGGUGAACUAUAGAGACUAAAUGCUGUGAAAAAAAAGAUGACACUUUACCUCUAGAGUAAAAGCUAGAAGUGCUGUGUGUCCCCUGUCUGUUGGAUCCCGUGCAGUGCUGGCAGAGGAGUGGCACAGAGCGAUGGCAGUGCCACCAGGAAUGCCCCUGUCCCCUCUCAGAUGGGUGUCUGCUCUCUGGGCACCCCCACAGCAAAGUGCAACAUCUCCAGUGCCACGAGUGCCACCUACCUGAUCCUCCAUUGCUGUAAUAAAAAGGAAAACCUUUCCUAAUUAAGUGCCUGUUUGCUAAGAAGAUUCAAAGUUGUCCCUUGGGUUGAGGAAAACCCCAAGGACUGGAAUUUCUUGGGAGCUCAUUGUCUUAAGCAGGCAAGUGUGGAGUGGGUGAUCUGUGCCUGAUGGGAUCCUCCAGCAGGGAUUUUUAAGCUGGAAGGUCCAGCAGGCACUUGUGAGACUCUUGCACGAGGGAGGGGACGCACUGCAUCUGUGUUUUACUUUCUUUGUGGGUGGAGCAGUUUAAAUUCUGUGUUGUUUUCCUGCAGCACUCAGAUUUCUUCCAAGUUGGACCAAACCUGUCAGCUGUUCRUUUUUAACACCAACUGCCAGCAUUUCUGGACAGCUUCUCACUAAUUAAUCUGAUAACUGGAGGUUGCUUUGGACAGCUGCUGUUCGGCUCUCUCUCUCUCUGUAACUUGCAAAUUGUUUUUAUUCUGAAUUAUUUUCUUUACCACAGACUGUAACAGUCUCUUCAAAACGUCUCUGGACUGUAAAAUGGAGUUGGAGUUUCCUUGUCAGGGAAAGAGUGAGGGGUUUGGGGUUGGCUCUGUGGGGAGUGGCUGCUCCUGGAGUGUCCCAGGCCAGGCUGGACAGGGCUUGGAGCACCCUGGGGCAGUGGAAGGUGUCCCUGCCAUGGCAGGGGUGGGAUGGGAUGGGAUUUAAGGUCCUUUCCAACCCAAAAAUUAUUCUGGGAUUCUGGGAUAGAGGGGAGAAGGCCAAGAGUUGCCACAGAGAGCUGAGCCAGAUUCUGAUUGCAGCAUCCCUGCAAAAUGAGGAAGGAAAUGAGUCCAGGGAUGGGUUCAGGAAGGUGUGGGGCAGCCUGAUGGGCUCUGACACCUCCAGUGAGGGAAUUGUGAGCUGGGUSAGUUCUCCCCAGAUCCAAACCCUCCCCUUGUUCCCGGGGUGCCCAGGUGCUGCAAACGCUGGCAGUUCCUUUGGGAUGCCCAGCCCUUCCCUGGCUCCUGGGUGCUGCUCUGGGUGCUGCUCUGGCUGCUGCUCUGGUACUGGGGCAGCAGAGCUGAAUUCUCAGCCCCUGUGCUGGGGAAAAGGAGCCUUCAGCCAACAGAGGGAGCGUUCGGGCAGUGCCAGACCAGCAGAGCCGGGAAUUGCAGGCGGCUCCAUUUCAGUUCGUGGGUGUCACUCACAUCUCAAUUUGAGCUUCUCGCUUUCAGAGGGACAUUAGAAACCAGUAAACAGAGAGAGAAKAAUUUUUUUCCUUUUAAUGUUGCUUCCUUCACUACUUACAUUCUCAGUUCUCUUCUGGGAAUGAAGAGGAUCAAUCUGUAUCCCAUUUUCUUGAUCUGUGAUAAUCCCUAUAAAUACUUAUUUUCGUUUAUUUUAACUUUGACUGACGUGACACUGAUAAGAACUCGACCCAUUUAAAAGUUUAACAUAAAAUACUCUUUUCCAGCAGCACACACACAGUGGUGGGCAGGAUUUGUGCAGGAUUGUGGGGUCCAUUGGCUGUGGCUCAGGUUGAGUUUAUUUGAUGUUGCCCAGAGAAGCUGGGGCUGCCCCAUCACUGGAAGUGUCCAAGACCAGGCUGGAGCACCCUGGCACAGUGGGAGGUGUCCCUGCCCAUGGCAGGGGUGGCACUGGAUGGGAUUUAAGGCCCUUCCAGCCCAAACCAUCCCCUGCUGCAAGGUUAAACAUGCCAGAACUGCCCCCACUGCAGUGCCAGGGCUGGGAAAGCUUUGUCAGGAUGAGAUUUCCAUGAAAGCUUUCCCUGUGCCAGGAGAUCAGUGACUGCUCCUCAAGGGAUACGUGACAUGUGGGUGCCCAGUUAAUAAAAUCAACCCAAAAAGCUUUUAGGAUGCACAUUUGGUGGGGCAGACCAGCAGGAAGGAGCAGUGUGGGGUUUGCAGGAAGGCUGAGAAGUGACAUUCUGUCAUUCCAGGCCUGUGGAUGGGGUUUGGUUCCUUGGGAAAUGCAGGAAUUUGUGUCCUGGGAAGCUUCUAGAAUUUGGUGUUUGAUUUGUUGCUCAACCUGGGGAUUAAUUUGGAUGGAGGUUCAUUGCAGCAAUGCUCCACAGUGCACAGCGUGCUCUGCUUGGCAUUAAAAUAUCCCAGCUGCAGCUCCAAAAGCUGGGAAUUCUCAGAAAUUUGUGGGAACUGACUGGAAAAUGCAUCUGCUUUCUCUUUGCUGUUCCCUUUCUCUUGGGCUCUAUGAAACCUGAAAAGGGAAAAAGUCCUGGUGAGGACAAGGCUGUAUUUAUGUCACCUUUGGGACCUUCAGAAGGGUUUUUAGGGUUUUUUUUUCAGAUUUUAGAAUGCUGCAGAGCUCACCUGCACAGGACCUCCAUUGCUGCAGUUCCAAAUCCAGCAAACACAAAAUCAGGGUGUUGCACUGGUCAGGAGUGUGAAGGGAAUGGCUGUAAUUUGUUUCCAGCUGUAAARAACCCUGGGUUUGGUGGCAGCCAAGAACUGGAAGAACAAAACYCUGUGGACUUUUUGGGGAAAUUAUUUUGAAGAUAAGCACAGGUUUUGCACAAGACAGGUCCCUGGAAAAGGUGGUUCAGUGGGUUUGGUCCAAAUAUUGUUAUUCAGAACAGCACAAAACUGCACUGGUGCCAAGCUGAUCUCACUGUCCUGCCUGGGCAGAACAGCCAUAAAACUUGGAGGUAAAAUACUAAAAAAGGGUAAAAUAUUUAAAAAGGGUAAAAUAAUAAAAAAGGGUAAAAGCUCUUGUUAAAACUUCCAAGUGCCAGUAACUAAUAAAUGUUCCUGUUGCUGUGGCUGAGAGCAGCUCCCCAAGGAGCCAGGGUAACUCUGUGGUUGUUCCUCUCUGUGUCCCCACUCCCUGGUCCUGUUCAAACCACUGCUCCCAUUCUGUCCCUCUCCUUGGUAGGACUUUGGAUUUUAACCAAAAUUUUAACCUUUUUUUUAAGCUGUCGUAAUUUCUAGAGCAGCUCAGACUUAGAACUGGAUUUCAAGCAGCMUCAGGCCUGGGGGGAAAGGAGAGCAGUUUGAAUCCCAUUCUGACCUGUCUGUGCCCCUCAAAAACCCCAAACCUUGAGUGUCUGCCUGUAUUUUAACCCCCAGGAUGGUCGGGAAAUUUUGGGAUCUGGACUUUUAACCCAAGGGCUAAUUUGUUGUUACUUUGUUUAAUUAUUUGCUUUCAAUAAUGCAUCUCCUUUGGUUUGAAUUGAAGUAAAUUAUUUUGCUUCUUGAAUAACUUUUUUAAAGAAUAAACGUUKAA